AUCUUUCACUUUCGCAUUCAUCCUUCAUUGUUGCGAUCAAGGAAAUUCUGACGGACGCAGUAAUAGUCAAUAGCCUUCUUUCAACCUAUAUAUUUCUAAAACAUGGCUCUUUUUGAAGUAAGUGGUUUGAAGCCUUCUUUUGAACUUCGCAGUCAUAUCCUUCCAGGCGGGCAGACGCAUCUCGUUGACCGAACCAACCACUUCAAUUUCGGUUUGAAAACUCUGGAAUUUGCCGUCCCUCGCGGUGCUGACCCAUCACGGUUUCUCAAGUCCUGCAACAAUGAGGAGGGUGUGUGCAUUGACAUGAACCACGGCACGACCACCCUGGCCUUCAAGUUCAGACAUGGGGUCAUAGUGGCAGUGGACUCCAGAGCCUCUGCUGGACAGUACUUGGCCUCCAAUGAUGUGAACAAGGUCAUCGAGAUCAACCCUUACCUUCUGGGGACAAUGUCCGGCAGUGCGGCAGAUUGUCAAUACUGGGAGAGACUCCUGGCCAAAGAGUGCAGACUGUACCGGCUCAGGAACAACCACAGGAUUUCAGUUUCGGCUGCUUCCAAACUGCUGUGCAACAUGAUGCUGGGGUACAGAGGCAUGGGACUGUCUGUGGGGAGCAUGAUCUGCGGAUGGGACAAAGAGGGUCCUGGUCUGUACUAUGUGGACGAUAAUGGGACGCGCCUCUCAGGACAGAUGUUUUCAACAGGAUGUGGGAACAGCUAUGCCUAUGGGGUGAUAGACAGUGGAUACAGGGAGGACAUGACUGUGGAGGAGGCCUAUGAACUGGGCCGAAGAGGCAUCGCACACGCCACGCACAGGGAUGCCUACUCUGGAGGAGUCGUCAACAUGUACCACAUGCGGGAGGACGGCUGGAUUAAAGUGUGUAAAGAGGAUGUGUCCGAGUUGAUUCACCGCUACAAGAAAGGCAUGUUCUGAGCUGCAGCUACCACUGUCUGUUAUUGCUCCCAAAGCAGGUUAAUUGUACAACUAAUGCAACAAGAGGUUUUACAUAAAAUUCUGCCUAAAAGUUGAAUUUCUCAACCAACAAUAAAGAUCACAUCUGCCAAAGGUUUGCCUCC